UAACAAGUAAGCCUCGAGGAUGAAGGCAGUCGUUCGGUAACAAGAGUGCCGACGCCGCACGGACACCUACCGCGACUUCAAACUAAUUUCCCUCCCUUGCCUUCACUUCUGAUACUAUCGCGCAUACCUGCCGACUUUUUGUUUGUAGUGCGUUGGGAGAUCUCCCCGCGGAGCGCCCGACCCCGGCCCGGCCACAACGUCUCGAGACGUGCUCCCUCCGUGAGUAUUUGUAUUCUAUGCGUGCUCCGUGGCGCAUGUGUCGUCUACGCUCGCACGCGACGCGCGUAAACAUUCGCGAUAUAAUGAAUCCGUUGUUGUGACUCCGCGCAAUCCAGAAUGAAGUGUUUUGUGGUAUUAAUAACUGUGACCCUCGUCUACGAGAUCGUAGCCGAGGCGUCCGUGAGGACAUGUGAACCGAUCAAGGUGGCUAUGUGCAAGAACAUCGGAUACAACCAGACGGGAAUGCCCAACUUGGCUCGGCACACUCUCCAAGCGGACGCCGACGUCACACUACAGACCUUCAGCCCCCUGGUGCAGUAUGGAUGCUCGUCCCAGUUGCAUUUGUUUUUGUGUGCGGUGUACGUGCCCAUGUGCACUGAUAAGGUCGCGUUACCGAUAGGUCCGUGUAGGGGUUUGUGCGAGAGUGUUUACGCCAGAUGUUACCCCGUGUUGCGGGGUUUCGGGUUCCCUUGGCCGGCGGAGUUGGACUGUUCUCUAUUCCCGGCGGAGAAUAACCAUGAACACAUGUGUAUGGAGGGUCCUGGGGAGCGCGCGCCGCCGAUCGGUACGAUACCGUUGGACACGACGAGGGAAGGACGAGGGACUUGCAGACGUUUGGUGAAGCCGAACAGUUGGGUGUGGGUUAGGGGGUCGGGGCGGUGCGCGCAGUUCUGUGACGCUGAAGUGUUGUGGGAGGUGGGGGAGAGGCGGGCGGCUGAGGUGUGGCUGGCGACUUGGGCAGCGUUGAGCUUCGCGUGUACUCUUGCGGCGGUGGCGGCGCAGCUGGCGUGUGGAGCCAGGGGCGGAGCUGGCGAGCGCGCGUUGGUGCUGGUGGCACUGUGCCGGUGCGCGGCGGCGGCGGGCUGGGGCGUGCGCGCGGCUGCGGGCCGGACGGCGGCGGGCUGCGCCAAGGACUCCACGUCUCCCACCAGGAUGCUGUUAGCGCAUGACGGCUUAGCGAACCCCAACUGCGCGGUCGUCUUCUUGCUGCUGUAUUACUUCGGGCUGGCUGCGUCAGUUUGGUGGGUGGUAGUGACGGGUGCGUGGCGAGCGAGCGUGCUGCGCCCCCCAGCCAGUAGCGGCGCCAGGAACGACCGCCACUCCUCCCUGCUGCAGCUGGCUGCGUGGGGCGUGCCCGCCGCGCUGGCCGCCGCCGUGCUGGUCACAAGGGACGUGGAUGCUGAUGAGCUUACAGGCACAUGCUUCGUGGGCAAUCAGUCUAGCAAAUCUUUGCUAGCGUUGGUUAUCGUUCCCGAAGCGAUAUGCUUGCUUCUGGGCAGCGUGUUCCUCGCUUCCGGCCUUCGCGCAGUGCUUCGUAAACCUGUACCGAUUCCAGCUCCGGCAACGCUUCUGAAUUCUGCACCGCAAGCGCACCCUGAUCAGAGUCUGCUGAGGCUAGGAGCCUUCGCUGCGUUGUACGCUGUGCCAUCUGCCUGCAUACUGGCGACAUGGGUGUAUGAAUAUAUUCUGAGAGAAAAUUGGUUGGCUGCCCCCGUCCCUUCGACGGAACCUUCGACGCAACCGCGUCCAGCAUUCUGGGUGUUCCUUUUUAGGAUAUUCGCAUCACAAAUACUGGGUGUCAUGGUGGCGGUUUGGAUAGCCACGCCACGGUUGAAGGCGCUGUGGAGGAGAAUCAGUGGGCCAAGAAAACCAGCGUUAGCAAAAUGCCCACCUGGUCCGACGCCUACACCGUUAACAUUGCAUUGCUACGCUACGCAUCCGCAUACGUUGACGAGACACCCACAGAAAUACGCCACAUACCGACCACCACAGCAACAGUCGUAUAGAAAACCUCGACAUUAUCAUUAUUCUGCUGGAGAAACUAUCCUAUGACCGGGUGUAUUCGUAAAGUUGUUCCUCUUACAAGACUGUUUGUAUACAAAUGCACAUCUGCUAUGCAUUUAUUAUUCAGUGAAAGGUCUGAUACUACUGUUAUGUAGAAAUAUAGACCACAUCAGAAGAGUGCCAUUUAUACUAUACUUAAUAUAAAUUAAUGGAGUAAUGGUUUUAUCAUAUAGAAGACGAAAUAGGUACCUACAAGUUACACAAUGCGAGGUUUUCGUAUGUAAUAGACAACUUUUUAGAAAUAAUGCAGAUUAUUUCCAAAAAGCUGUAGGUCUAACCUAAGAAUCUGUGAUCGCUAGACCUUUAUCAUUUUAUAAAACCCAAAAGUUACUCGGCCCAUUGUUACUAAAUUAAGUCAGUAUGCUAGGCAAGGUUCCAGCUUAUAACUCUCAAAGCCACCUUGAUCCACAAUGAUCUCUAUAAUAAUCACUGGUAUUAGAAGACUUUCGUAAUUAUUCAUGUUAGGAGUGUGGGCUGACAAACUGUUAGCUUCUAUUCUUUAUACAGGCAAAGGUCUGUGCCAUCACAGGUUCGCGCUCAAAGUCGCUCACAUCGGAGAAAUUCUCCGUAUCUAACUUAUCCUCAAGUAUAUAGUCUGUGGUACAGCUACCUAAAGUUGACCUCGCAAAAUCUAACAAAUUAUUUAUAAUUCACAUUAAAAAUGUUAAUAUACUUAUCUAUAACACUCAGACCAAUUAUUAUAUAGGACCUGCCUCGCUAGACGUUACUUUUCUGUCAAAGUAUAUGAUCAACGAUCUAAUACGAUUAUAAAAGCUGCCUCUAUAGAAUUGAUGUUAAAUAGUUGUAAUCGUGUUCGUCGGUUAAAGAGCUCCGUAAAAAUACCUUUUUGUAUAAUUGAAUUGUGUAAAAAAUGGGCAAAAACUUCUAGUUUAGUAUAAGAUAUAUACCAAAUCUAAGCUCGUUUUCCUCAGAAAAUGACAGACAAUUUUGUUUGUGACUAUGAGUGCGAUACAGGUCCUUCUAUAAUUGGUCUGAGCUAUAACAUUACUGACCCAUCAAAUGUACAUAAAUUAUUUAGAUCUUGCCACCGGGAUUUACGUUGGACGUUUUAAUAGAGGUAUUUUACGCGGGAAACUUCGUAGGCUUCACCCCACCCAGCUAAUUUGAUUUUUUACGGCUCUGAGUUCUAGGCAUUUUAAGCAUAACCAACUUACUUCUACAGUAUUACCAGCUAAAAGUAAAUUCUAAUUGAGUUGAGCCUGACCAUAAAAUAAAAAAUAUCUAAGUAUUUUUUAACAAUUUGUCAUUAGUGCACAAUAACUCGUGCACAAUAACUUGAUACCUGGCUACCAAACACAGUACAAACAUCAUUCGAGCCAGAUGUCAAGUUAAUCCGUACGAGCUUUAUGUGUUUUUGUAUUUUUGUGUGAGCUAAAGGUAAUAUUUGCCUACUCAUUACAUUUUACGUACCUUUAUCCUGGACUAAAAAUAAAAAAUAAAAUGUUGUGGAAAAAAAUAAAAUUACAAUGUAAUUUAUUUUACUACUUUUACCUAGCUAAGUAUGUGAUGCAAUGAAAAAGCGAUUGUGGCGACUAAAGGCUGUAAAAGGAAAUAACGAGUAAAGCCCAACGAGGCUACCUAGGCUCCUAAAAAAUUUGUAAUUUCGCUAAGAGGGUUAAUUGUUAAAAAUGUUGCUAGCCACUGACGAUCAAGUGAACUCACAUUCUUGCAGUGAUAACAGCUUGACUGAUCGUGUGUUGGUCACGAAUGUCGCGAUCGGCAUGAUGACAUACAUAUAGCGACCAACACACGAUCAGUUUUAUCGGCAAUUCACUGCAUCUAAUAGACUACGAAUAUUAUUAUUAAUAAUGAGUUAAGGUAAAAAUACUUCAUUGUUUUUGUAAAAUUCAUAAAGCACUGAUUAACAUAGAUUUGAAAAAGACGUUAACACUGGACGAUAUUUAAGAAAUAUUAUUAAGAUUAUAUUGUACAUAUUUAUGUUUACUACCUAAAUAAUUAAUUGUAAUGUAUGUACAUAAUUUAAUUGUGAAUACUUUGUAUUAGUAACUAAGUUUUUAUCGAUAAAUAAUUUAAGUGCCUUUAUGUAAAUAUUAUUAAAAAAAAUUAUAUUAUGAAGAA